CGAGGACUGGCGAAGUGUUGAAAAUCACCAACUUUAUUAUACAUAGCUAGUUUGACAUUUUGCCGACUCCAAUCCCAUGAGAAGUGUCUAUCACAUUAUCAUUGUUUUCAAUUUAUCGCAGUCUCCGAACCUGACGAUCCAUCGCCACAAUGGACCCAUUCCAAGCGUGUCAAUUUCUCCAGAAAUUCAUUGGCAAGAGCUCCUCAUCGGCGACUGAACUGUUAGGACUUCUUUCCGCUCUGGUGCCAAUCAAUGAUGUCAUAACGAGCUCCAAGGCACCCGAGAAAGUCUUAGCGACAGCUUCAACCGAAAGUGCUGGUGGGCUGGGUGGCAGCUUAAGUCAAUUCACUCCAGCUUUCCCAGUACAAGUUAGCAAGGAAGCACUAGCGUCGAUAUUCGACAUCUCGUUCAUCGCGAUCGACGUGAAAGUAACAACCUAUCACCGUUACUGGGUGGAGAGGCUGAUACGCCUGCGUCUAGGUGAAAGGCUCGCAAGUUACUUCGGUCCAAAGGAUUCACCAAACAGCAUGCCCCCAAUGAACAUAAAAUUGAGCUUUCGAUUCGUAGCAAAUUUUGAUGUCGAGUGCUACGAAGCAUCAAUCACCUAUGGCGAGGAGGCAAGUGUGAUGGGCUUACCAUCGAUCAUCGCCCAUCUUCCGGUAAAGCCUAUAUAUUUUUUGGAUUGGGGCAUCCACAAAUACGACCCUCAGGCUGCACGCACUGACCCUCCCAGAUUCAUUGAAAGCCAAUUACCUCGCCUUGUGGAAUUUAUGAAAAGCAUGUUGAAACGAGCCAUUCGAGUCCAAAGAGCCAAGGACCGUGCUGCUUUGCUCUACACGCCUCGGAUACUCGAUCACAUUCAAAAGAAGGUUUCGACGCUCGAAAGCCGAUCUGGGAUUUAUUCGGAGGCUCAGAACGACAAAGUGAAGCAACUCAGAUCAAAGCUGGACAUGUUUUAUGCGACCCCAGCGUUCAGAAUUCAGGCUGCUAUGGAUAGCAUGAUCGGAAUGGUCAAUCCCAACCAAGCGGUCGAUUUCGCUAAGACCAUCGGAGGUGUGGUCCAUCCUAGCCAAGUGAUCAAUCUCACAAAUACCUUCGGAAACGUGGGGAAGUUUGAUUUGACUUCACGAGGAGAGCAAUCACUCAACGAGUUGUUGCCGGUGGUAGGCGGCAAACCGAACUCUGAUCCCAAAGUACCUCAGGGCGAAAGUCAAGCCGGAACAUCAAAGCCCAAUUUACCAGCGAAGCCACAGACCAGACUUACAAUGCUGAAUUUCAAAUUGCCAGAUAUUCUUCAAGCAAUAUUGCUCGCAAUUGUUACCGAAGUAUACGGUGUAUUACUCAAGUAUCCGACCGGCUUGACUACGAUAUUCGAACGCUUUUUCGAUGUUCUUUUGGAACGAAUUCACCCGGAUCAUUCCCAGAACGCCAACUUCAGUCUAUCGGGGCCUAGUCUUCCCUUCGGUAUGCCGAGCUUGCCAUCAUUCGAUGGAGCUAUGGGCUUAUCAGUCCCCAAACUUCCCCUAGACAUGCCAAACAUGCCAUCAUUCAAUGGAACGAUAGGUUUAUCAGCAUCCGGUCUUCCCGUCGAUAUGCCAAGCUUGCCAUCGAUUGGCUUGUCGUCGCCAAUGGGCCUACCCGGCAUGCCUACCAUCAAUCCACUCGAUUCGAUUUUAAAGCCAGCUGUACCCCUCGACAAUGUAUUAUCGACAGGUACUUCCAACAUCGAUUUACGUCCUUCAGUCGGAAGAUUGUCUAGCUCGUUAAUGACUUCUGGUGCCAAAUCUCCUCUCAAUCUCAGAACUGUUUCCUGGGGCACAAAUCCCUCGGACACGGAAUGCGAUGCCACGGAGACCGAUCUAAAAGAUUCUGCCGUUGAUUCCAAGAAUCGCAAGCUUUUGCCCAAGAGUCCCAAACCUAAAACCCACUUGGGCAUGGCUAUGAAGAACGCAGCGAUCUCGAAACCUCCUCUGGAACCCAUCCAGCUGGUUGGCGAAAGCUUCAAGGAUCACUCGGUAGCAAAUGUCAGCCAAGGAAACUUGCCCUCCUUGGGGAAAAAUGAUUCGGAUAAAGAAAACUAAAUCGACCCCCGCCAUGUGUUCUUGCAAAAAAAAAUAUUUAUCAACAUGCGAAUAGAAAUUCAGCUGAAAGUGAUCGGAGCUGUUAGCAGGAAUAUUGAUAUGAUACUGGGUAUCACGGAGGGCUGCAGAGCUAUUUUUCUUUAUCCUCAAUAAUCAGAAUAUUCUUUGUACCAUUCCAGACUUAAAAUUUCUCAUGUAUGCCGUUCCAAUUCAAAACUCCCCUUCCAGUGAUCAGAUACAAAUUUUG